AUGAAAAUCCACAUCAAAGAACAAUUGCGGAAGAUUGGAUAUCCCGAAACAACUGACAUGAAAGCGCCUUCUCAACUGGUUAAGACAAAGGGUGCUCUGAAGAAAUCGAAGCCUACAUUAAAUGACAACUCGACCACAUGGGCUCCUUCGUAUUGUGAGCACGUCGAUAAACUUUUUCCCGACUCACCGACUCCUAAAUCUCAAAAAUCUCAAACAAAUUCAAACAAAGGAGCUCGCAUAAGCAAACCGCCUCCAACAUCUAUUCCACCAAAAAUUCCAAUCGUCGAAGAGAUGCCUAUUCCACCGAAAAUUUCGUUCAUUGAAGAGAUGCUGGUUUUUAUGUACAAAUAUAUCGAACGCAUCAUCAAUAUUGUGGGGGACGGUAAUUGCGGUUACCUGGCCGUCUCGGGGUUGCUUGGUAAUGGAGAGGAUAGCCAUACUCUUGCCUGUCAUCAACUUAUCCAAGAGUUGAAGAUACAUAAAGACUCGUACAUGCGGUUAUAUGGAGAGGAAUCUAAAUUUGAAGCGGUUAACGAAGCUCUUGUUCCUUGGUUGGGCGCUUACGCACCGGUGUCAAAAUGGAUGAGAUUCCUGGAAAUAUGA